UAAAGACUAGAGCACCCAAUAUAAUCAACCUAUUUUUUAUGCAUAGACUUUAAACCAGAUCAACCUGCAAUAGUAAAAUCAAGUCUUUUUGCUUCUUUAAUUAUAUGAGGUGAUGAGAAAUAUUGUGGAAAGAUUUGUACUUGUUCCUUUUUCUAUGGGUUGUGUUUCUCAGUCAAGUACUCAAGUUGGCAAUUCCCAUCCCAGGAAAUCUAAGUCAGGAUCAGUUCCAGAUGUUAUCACAAAAAGACGAGAAAGAGCAGAAGAGAGGUCAUCAGGAGUAAAGAUGAAGAAUUCUUGGGGACUUGUAUCAUUUCAGAAGCCUAACAUCACCUUUGGAAUACAUAAACUCAUCAUCAGGAGCUUCAAGAAUUUUUCUCAAUUAUUCGUCUACAAAGAAGAGAUGGAAAAAGAAAUGGAAAUAGGAUUACCAACAGAUGUAAAGCACGUCGGACACAUAGGAUGGGACGGAUCAAACUCCCUAAAAAGUUGGGAAAAUCUCAAGACUCCAGAAAUCAUUUCAUUUUCCUCUGUUUCAUUGAAGCAGUUUGAGCUGGCAAUGGCUGCACAAGUUGAUCAGGCACCUUUAGCUGGUGAAGCAACUAGUGAUCACUACCCUAACACGACGAUGAUGUAUUGAUGAUAAUCAUGAUAUAUGAACAUAUACAUAUGUGGAGUAUGUUAUUCGUACCAUUUGUGCAUGUAUUAUGAUUAAAAUCCCAGAAAAUGAUUGCCUAAUGUAGGAUGAAAGCGAGGCUUCUGUAUAGAAAUUCAGAUGGAAAAAUCGUCUUUGAUUACUUGAAUUUUCUCCGCGCUUCAAAUAUUUUUAAUGAGAAUUUUUUUUGCCAUGUUA